CACACGCAAGAAGCUAGCAAUAGAAAAUAUUAUUGUAGCUAAUAGCAAUGGACUAUGUUUCAAUGCUUCUUCUAUUGUCUUUUGUGUUGGUAACUAUUCAUGUCCUAAUCUCAAACUUAGUCAAAAAAAAAUCACCCAAACUUCCACCAGGGCCUAACCCUUUUCCAAUCAUAGGAAACAUCUUAGAUUUUGGUAAUCAACCUCACCAAGCACUUGCUAAGCUUUCUCAAACCUAUGGACCAAUAAUGACUAUGAAGCUUGGUAACAUAACCACCAUAGUUAUUUCAUCUCCACAAUUAGCCAAAGAAGUGCUCCAUAAACAUGACCAAAUCUUCUCCAAUAGGACUAUCCCUGAUUCUGCUACAGCACAUGACCACCACAAAUUUUCAAUUGUUUGGUUGCCACCAACAACUCAAUGGAGGAGUCUUAGGAAAGUUUGCGCAACCAAAGUGUUCUCAACACAAAACCUAGACUCGGCACAGGUUCUUGCUCUUCGUCGAAAUAAGGUUCGUGAAUUGCUGGAUUUUGUGAAGGAAAAAAGUGAAAAGGGGGAAACUUUAGAUAUUGGUGAUGUUUGUUUUACGACCGUGCUUAAUUCGAUAUCAAACACUUUUUUCUCUAUGGAUUUGGCUCAUUACACUUCUCAAAAGUCACAAGAGUUCAAGGAUGUUAUUUGGGGUGUGAUGGAAGAAGUUGGAAGACCUAAUGUUGUUGACUUCUUUCCAAUGUUUCGGUUGCUUGAUCCGCAAGGUGCGCGCACAAGACAGAAAGUUUACUUUGGGAAGCUACUUAAUUUUUUUGAUGGUCUUGUAGAAGAAAGAUUGCAAUCAAGAAGUUUGAGAGUGGGGUCUAAGGAUUGUAAAGAUGUGUUAGAUUCUGUGGUGGAUCUCAUUUUGGAAGGCAAUUCAGAAGUUACCAGAUCUCAUGUGCCACAUUUAUUUCUGGAUUUAUUUGUGGCUGGAAUAGACACAACAUCAAGCACAAUAGAGUGGGCAAUGACCGAACUAGUCCAUAACUCUAAAAAACUAGUGAAAGUUAGAGAAGAACUUGAACAAGUCCUUGGCAAAGGUGAACAACUUGAAGAAUCACAUGUUUCAAAGCUUCCUUUCCUAAGAGCAAUUGUUAAGGAAACUUUACGCUUGCAUCCACCGGGCCCAUUUUUAGUGCCUCAUAGGCCAGAAGAUGAUGUUGAACUAUGUGGCUACAUGGUGCCUAAAAAUGCACAAAUCCUAACAAAUGUAUGGGCUAUGGGGAGAGAUUCAAGUGUUUGGACAAACCCAAAUGAAUUCAUGCCUGAAAGAUUCUUGGAAAGUGAAAUUGACUUUAAGGGACAAAACUUUGAGCUAAUUCCCUUUGGAGCUGGAAGAAGAAUUUGUCCUGGAUUACCAUUAGGGUUUAGGAGUAUACACUUUGUGUUAGCUUCUCUUUUAUUUGAAUAUGAUUGGAAGCUUCCAAAUAAUGUAAAGCCAGAAGAGAUGGAUAUGUCUGAGAAAUAUGGAUUAACCUUGCACAAGGCACAACCUCUUCAAGUUAUUCCUGUUUCCAUGCAUAACAAUAUCAAGUGAUAUAUGUAAAUUUAAUUCGGACCAUAAAUAAAAUAAAGUUGUGAAAGUUAGACCCAACAA